AUGAUCAAACAGGACAGUGGAACCAAUUAUAUGUCUGCAGCUACUGUCCCAGGUAAUGUCCACAUCAUUCAGCCUACACAUGCUGUGGUCUCCAGAAGCCAGGAGAAACCACUGGGGGUGACCCCCUACCCAGCAACAGUACUCCAGUGCAAUACAGAGACAGCAAACUUACACAACCCUCACAUAGCGAUCCAGAGUCCAGCCGGAGUGACAGACAUGCAGAGUCAGCCCACUGGGCUGCAGUAUCCAGUAGGAAUGGCCAGUGUGCAGACCCCACCCGGAGUGAUCCAAUACUCACCAGGAGCAACAAACGUCCAGAUCCUGUCUGGAAACCCUCAGAAUCCUCUGAACACUGUGCCUGGACCAACACAGACCUCGGGCCAGACCCAGUGGAACAUGUCAUUUGUAUCUUUUCCUGAAUUCAAUCCCAGGAAAUUCAUAAAUGAAGAGGUCAGAACAUUAGGGGCUAUCCAGAUCCUCAUUGGCCUGUUCCAUAUUUUCUCUGCAAUCAACCCUAUACUGUAUGAAACUUCUUCUGUGUUAGGGAUCUCAGGGUACCCGAUCUGGGGAGGACUAUCUUUUAUUAUAUCUGGCUCCCUCUCGGUCUCAGCUGAAAAGAACCACAAUACUUGCAUGGUGAAUGGCAGCAUUGGCAUGAACAUCGUCAGUUCCAUCAUCUCCCUGCUUGGGAUUGCCAUUAUCAUUCUAAGUCUGUGUGUUUAUAAAGUAAAUUCCUCUGACCCAAAGGCUAGUAUGAAUGCAGUCUCUGGUGGCCUCCUUCCCUUCGCCCUCCUGGAGUUCAUCAUCACAUGUACAGUCUCACAUUUUGGGUGCCAGGCUGUCUGCUGGAAUCGUUUUGAGAAUAUUGUGGUGUUCUCAAACAUGUUUGGUGGCAACACAGUCAACACAACUGGACCUGUCAACAACAACACUGGCCCAGCCAGUGUCACCACCAGCCCAGCCGGUGUCGCUACCAACCCAGCCAGUGUCACCACCAGCCCAGCCAGUAUUACCACCAGCCCAGCCAAUCCCACCUUCCCCAGUGAUGCUUCUCCUAAACACAUAUACCAAGAUGCAGCUGCUCUUUCCCAGAGAUAG